UUCCAACCCAUUGGUUUUAAUGCGUAAGAAGAGUAUCCGAAAAAUUUAAAUGGGGAUAUGACUGUAGUUUUGUGACAUACACCGGAAAGUCAGUAAAGAAAAAUCAGCAAGAUGAGUUUCCUCGCAAGAUUUGCUCGCCAGUCGAAAUUUCUGGCAAAUUAUACAACAAAAUGCACCUACACAACAUCCCCAAUGUCCAAGGAAAUUGCAGACAUGGUGACAAAGAAUAAAGUUGUUGUAUUUAUGAAGGGAAAUCCGGAAGCUCCUCGGUGUGGAUUCAGUAAUGCUGUGGUCCAGGUGAUGAGGAUGCACGGGAUUAAGUAUGAUAGCUACGAUGUUCUCUCCGAUGAGAAUCUUCGACAGGGAAUUAAAACAUACAGCAACUGGCCAACAAUCCCUCAAGUCUUCAUAAAUGGGGAAUUUGUUGGUGGUUGUGACAUCAUACUGCAGAUGCAUCAGAAUGGUGAACUGAUUGAGGAACUCAAGAAAGUUGGGAUUGUAAGCGCCCUCCUGGAAAAGCACUCUGAGACUGAGAAAACUGAGAAGUAGUUCCUCCUCCCCCAAAUCUUAUGUAAUUCUCAGUUUUAGUUCUUUUUAUAUAUAAAAUCUAUAAAAUGUAAAUAAUCAUUGCUAGAGA